AUGGAAAGGUGCUCUUGGAUAAUAUUCUUCCUUCUCUCUGCCCUUUUCCUUCAGACUGAGCAGGCAGUAUUUAUAUCAGCUGAUGAUGCAAACAGUGUUAUCAAGAGACAGAGACGUGCCAGUUCCCUACUUCUGGAGGAGGUCCUUCAAGGCAGCUUGGAAAGAGAGUGCCUAGAAGAGAGAUGUACACAUGAAGAAGCAAGAGAAGUAUUUGAAAAUGAUGAAAUCCUUCAAAUAUUUUGGGAUGUCUACUAUGGUGGCAGGAGGUGCUCCUCGAGCCCUUGCCAACACAAUGGUGUGUGUGAGGACAGUAUCCGUGGCUACACCUGCACCUGUGCCGACGGCUACGAAGGAGAGAACUGUGCUUUUGCUAAAAAUGAAUGUCACCACCAAGCAAAGGUAGGAUGUGAUCACUUCUGCUAUCCAGGAAGUAAUUCCUACCGCUGUUCCUGUGCUGAUGGCUAUGAGCUUGGGAAGGAUAAAAAACAGUGCAUUGCAUUAGAUGCAUGUGCAUGUGGCAGACUGCAAGACAGUGAUAACCUUUUAAGUGAAACCAGGAAGAAAAGCGAUGAGCGAUUUCCUUGGCAGGUACUACUGCUAAACUCAGAAGGGAAAGGCUUCUGUGGAGGAGUGUUGCUAAAAAGUAACUUCGUGUUGACCACAGCAGAGUGUGCCCUUCUGCACAGCCAUUUUCAAAUCAGAGUUGGUGCUGGGCCUAAUGGAACAAGUGGAACUGGGAAGAUAAUGCAAGUUAGUGAGAAGCACGUACACAUCCGGUAUGAUGAGGACACUGGUGAGAACAACAUUGCAUUACUACAACUUCAAGAGCAUGCUGAGUGUGACAACUACCACCUUCCUGUGUGCACCCCUGAGAGAGACUUUGCAGAACAUGUUUUAAUUCCAAAACUGGCUGGUACAGUCAGUGGCUGGAGAAUGGAAGGCGAUGAACUUCAAGGCGAAGAGCUGCAGGUUUCGUACCUUCCUGCUGAGGACUGCAAACAAAUACUCAACAUCAGCCUCACCAACAGGCAGUUCUGUGGGCACCUCCAGGAGGCCAUGGACAAACGCCUGGCUGGAGGAAGCUUUUUGGUUACUGAGUACAAGGGCACGUGGUUUCUCACUGGUAUCCUGGGAUCCUGGCCACUAGAAGAUACUGACUGGGAAACAUUGCUUUUCACCAACACUGCAAGGUAUAUAAUAUGGCUUAAACAAAAAAUAAAGUAAGACACAAACACAACCAACUCUCAAGCACCAAUCAUUGCAAGGAAACAUAUGGAUGCAGCCACUACCCCCAUAUGACUCUACUAUUUGCAGCAAUGGAAGUUGCAACAACAACAUGUAUUUAACUCCAGUUCAUACAGAAAAGCCUGCUUGUCUUUCCUUCUGCUGACACACAGUACUGUGAAACUCAUGACACAGUAAACCUAGUUAUUGAACUAAAAACUGAUUUAAAUUUCCUAGAACUGUUCAUCCUAAAUCUCAGUAUUUUUCUGUGAUAUUAAAUGUUGCUAGUACCCUGAGGUUUGAUUCAGCAAAUUCAUAUUCUUAUUUCAGUAUCCAUACAAGUAAAACUUACAAAGACAUGGGGAAUAUGAAGCUUUUAAAUGUCUAUGCUGAGGUUAGGACUUGAC